AUUUUAAUUUAUAUAGAAAUCACUUAAAAAAUCUUUAAAAAAAAAAAAAUCACUUAAAAAAAAAUCUAGUAUUCUAUUUUUGACUUUUUUUUUCCAACGCGUAAACCCAAAAACCAAUACCCAAAUAAAUAAAACAAUUUCUCAUUUCCAAAUAAAAAUAGUCUAUAUAUGUUUAUUGCUCGUCUUCUAUUCUUUCUUCUAUCUCUUGCCUCCGGCGAACGAAUAGAUCUGUCUUAAAAAUUUACUAGAAAGUUGAAUAGAGAACAAUGGGAGGAGGAUUUAGAGUAUUGCAUUUGGUGAGACCGUUUUUGUCAUUCCUUCCAGAGGUACAAAGUGCAGACAGGAAGGUGCCCUUCAGAGAAAAGGUCAUUUACACUGUUAUCUCUUUAUUUGUAUUUCUGGUGUGCAGUCAGCUUCCGCUUUAUGGAAUUCAUUCCACAACCGGAGCUGAUCCAUUUUAUUGGAUGAGAGUUAUCCUCGCUUCCAACCGUGGAACUGUUAUGGAGCUCGGAAUCACCCCCAUUGUCACCUCUGGAUUGGUGAUGCAACUCUUGGCUGGGUCUAAGAUCAUUGAAGUUGAUAACAAUGUCCGUGAGGAUCGUGCACUUUUGAAUGGUGCACAGAAGUUGUUGGGAAUUCUUAUUGCUGUUGGUGAGGCUGUUGCAUACGUUCUUUCUGGAAUGUAUGGCAGUGUUGGUCAGCUUGGAGUUGGAAAUGCAAUUCUUAUCAUUCUUCAACUAUGCUUUGCUGGUAUCAUUGUGAUCUGCCUUGACGAACUUCUUCAGAAGGGAUAUGGUUUAGGUUCUGGGAUUUCACUUUUUAUUGCUACCAAUAUCUGUGAGAACAUCAUCUGGAAGGCAUUUAGCCCAACCACCAUCAAUGCUGGACGUGGAGCUGAGUUUGAAGGUGCUGUCAUUGCCUUGUUCCACCUUCUUAUUACCAGGACCGACAAAGUUCGUGCCCUUCGAGAGGCAUUUUAUAGGCAAAACCUUCCAAACGUCACCAACUUGCUUGCAACUGUCUUGAUCUUCCUCAUUGUUAUCUAUUUCCAAGGUUUCCGUGUUGUUUUGCCUGUAAGGUCGAAGAAUGCUCGUGGCCAACAGGGUUCAUAUCCCAUUAAAUUGUUUUACACCUCCAACAUGCCCAUCAUCCUUCAGUCUGCCCUUGUGUCCAACCUUUACUUUAUCUCUCAGUUGCUCUACAGGAAAUACAGCGGUAACAUCUUUGUGAAUAUGUUGGGCAAGUGGAAGGAGUCUGAAUAUAGCAGUCAAUCAAUUCCAGUUGGUGGUCUUGCAUACUAUGUUACUGCCCCUGCCAGUUUGGCAGACAUGGCAGCUCAUCCUUUCCAUGCUCUGUUUUAUAUAAUUUUCAUGCUUUCAGCUUGUGCUUUAUUCUCAAAGACAUGGAUUGAGGUUUCUGGAUCAUCUGCUAAGGAUGUUGCUAAGCAGCUCAAGGAGCAAGGAAUGGUUAUGCCUGGGCACCGUGAUUCAAACUUGCAGAAGGAACUGAACCGAUACAUCCCAACUGCUGCGGCCUUUGGUGGAAUCUGCAUUGGUGCACUUACAGUUUUGGCAGAUUUCAUGGGCGCUAUUGGUUCAGGAACUGGUAUUUUGCUUGCUGUGACUAUCAUUUACCAAUAUUUCGAGACCUUUGAGAAAGAGAGAGCUAGUGAACUUGGCUUCCUUGGACUUUGAACACAGUUUUGUUGAAAUUCAGGGGAAUGGAAUUUAGGUGAUCAAAUGUUAGAAUUCAAUAGUAGAGUUAUCCUUUUCCCACAAGACAUUCUGUACGCUUUAGAGCAUUUGUUUUUCCCCUUGUCAACAUAUUUACAUUUACUAGAAUACAGUUAAUGCUAACUUUAUGUAAUUUGUGGUUAUUGUAAUUGUUCUUUUAGUAAUCACAGCCUAAAUCCUACUGUAAAAUGCAGUAGUUUUAAUGAUUUGUUAAUGAUAAUAUAGCUUUAUCUCAACA